ACUUCACCGCCGCAAUGGCCGCCGCUUUCUGCGAGUGGCUAGUGUAAACCUAAGCUUCACUCCCGCGCCCUAGCUCUCCCGAGCUCACAUAUAUCUUCUUCUUCUUCUCAUCUCAUUCUUUGUUUCCUCUCACUCUCCUCCUUUCUUCUUCUUCUGCUCUUCUUCCUGCAAUCGAAGAGAUGAGUAGCACGGCUGCGGCGGGAUCGGCGGGAAAGGGGUGGAUGCAGCUUGUCGACGGCGGUUGCGGCGGAAAUGGGAUGGCGGCAACCGUUCACUGCGGCGCAAUGGCGGGAACUGGAGCACCAGGCGCUGAUCUUUAAGUAUCUGGUAGCUGGAGUGCCAGUGCCUCCGGAUCUUCUGAUCCCCAUCCAACGAAGUUUGGAGGCCUUGCCGUCUCGGUUCUACCAUCACUAUACCGCGAAUUCAAGUCCGGUGGGCUAUUUUUCGUAUUACGGCAAGAAGCUCGAUCCGGAGCCGGGGCGGUGCAGGCGGACCGACGGAAAGAAGUGGCGGUGCUCUAAGGAUGCGCACCCCGACUCCAAGUAUUGCGAGCGGCACAUGCACCGCAGUCGCAACCGUUCAAGAAAGCAUGUGGAAUCCAAAAGCGGCGUCUCCCCGCAGCAGUCUCAGUCACAUUUGUCAUCUUCUUCGACUUCAGCUUCUCACGUGGCUUUAGGGAGCAGCGGAAACUUCGAAAACAUUGCAAUGCAAUCUGCCAUGGCUGCUGCAGGCGCUUCUAAUUCUCAACAUUAUGGAAUGAAUGGCAAAGACUACAGGUACCUUCAUGGAGCUAAGAUUGACAUGGAUAAGCACAACUUCUUCUCAGAGUAUCCUCGAAACACACAAACUGGCCUUAGCAUAAAUUCUUCACCAAACAACUCAUGGGGCCUAAUAUCAAAAGGAAAAGAUAGUAAUCUUUAUGGCCAUUAUUCAUCUCAGCUUCAUGAAAUGCAAAAUCUGAAUGAAGAAACAAUGAGAUCAGUCCCAAAACAUCAGGAACAGCUGAAUUCCUACUUUAAAAGUGAUUUUGGCUUAACCGAACCAGGGAAGCUAGAGUUUCAAGGUCUCGGGACUGCUUUCAAUGAGUGGUCUAAGGCGAGGGAAUCAUGGCUGGACUUGAAAGACGAGCAUUCGGAGCGCAAUACCUUCUCUGCCACUCAGCUCUCGAUGUCGAUCCCAAUGGCUUCUUCGGACUUCUCCACCACUACUUGUUGUUCGCCAAAUGAUGAUUGAAGAGAAAUUUUAGCUCAGUCCUGUCUUUGCUCUGCCUCUAUUUGGCAGACAAUUUUGUGCUGUGUGAUUUAGUAACUAAGCUGGGCAUUUAACUCCUGCGCUACAAUCUCUCUCAACUAUGGUUUGUACCUGUAACUUUAUAUUAGAACUGUAUUUCUCCAACCAUGUUUUUAU